AUGGACAUCCCCGGGAUUGGACCCGAGAUGAAGACCAUCGCAGUUAUUGGGGCGCUGGGCGUUGAUCACAUCAUGAUCGUACCCCGGUUUCCAAAGACAGGAGAGAGCAUUAGAGCAAGUCAUUCCGAGAAAGCCUUGAGCGGAAAGGGUGCAAACACAGCGCUCUCGACAUACCGCUCCUGCCACCACAAGGCAUCGCUAGGCAGGGGCGAUGGUGCCAUUCGAGUUAAGAUGAUUGGCAAGGCUAGUAAGGAUCACUACGGAGAGGGGCUUAAGAAGAGGCUACUCGAGAACGAUAUCGAUGUCUCUGGCCUUAAAGAGGUGCCAAGCUUAUCAUCCAGCAAACGCGUCGUCAUGAUCAAUAAAGAAACCCACGAUAGUCGGUGUGUGUUUAGCCCGGUGUCGGAUUAG